AUGGGCGCAGUCGAUCCGACUUUCCCGCUGUACCCAAUCGCGUGUCUGCUGUCGUCUAUCAUGCUGUGUCUAGUCCAGAUGACGAGCCUCGUCCGGCAGAGAUGGAACCUUGGCGUCGCUUUCCUUUGCUUCUGGCUAUUCCUGGAGAAUAUCGCAAACGCUGUGAACGCCAUUGCUUGGUCAAAUAAUGCCGACAUCAAACUUGAAGUCUACUGCGAUAUUGUCUCCCAUCUGCAACUCAUCACAUACACGGUUAAACCCCUGGCAACGUUCAUUAUUACCCGCCGAUUAUACGUGAUCGCAAGCUUCGAGUCCGUAGAGCUCCCGAGCGGAUCGGAGAGACGAUGGGAUACUGCCAUAGAGUGGACACUAGGGCUGGCGGUUCCUCUACUCGUAGCUGGUCCUUUGUACUAUGCGAACCAGGGCUCGCGAUUCAACAUCUAUGAAGGCUCUGGGUGCUAUACAGGCACCGUGUUAUCGAUAUUCGAAAUCCUGGCCUUGGAGUCGUGGACGAUACUCCCUCCCUUGUUCUCCAUCGCGAUUUACUAUCCCAAGAUCAUCAGGACAUACUAUCACCAGAGCAAAGACGUCAACAAUGUUCUGCACGGCUUGAAUCCCUCAGUCUCGCGCACAAAUUACCUACGCAUACUCGCUCUUGCCAGCAUCGACAUCUUGCUCACUUUGCCCAUCGGCAUAGUCAAUAUCACUCUGGAUGUAGUAACGACGCUGCCCUAUGGCAGCCUUCCAUUUUAUCCGGGGUGGACCUUCCUGCACUCCGAUUGGACGAUAUUGACCGCAUCUUACGCCGAGCAGCAAUCCUUCGGUACUGCAUACCAAGUAGGAUUAUACUUUUCAGCCUGGACAUCGCCCGUCCUCGCGUUCACCAUAUUCGGCCUUUUCGGCCUUACGUCCGAGGCCCGCUCAACGUAUCGGCGCAUCAUUUGCAUCAUCGGUAGCUGGCCAGGAUGGGAACCCGCUCGAGCCCAAGAUGGAACGGCCUCGCUGAGAGAUACAGAGUUCGGGGCGCGGCCGCGGGACACCGGCAGAUUUGGAUUCGACUUCGAGAUGGGAUCCCGCCCUCCGAGCUUUGUCAAUACAGAUAUGAUGACCGCGAGACAGGAUGUCCAAGGCGAGCCGAGCGCUGGGUUAGCUCGGGGAUCAACGGAGGUUCCGAGUUUCUCGCUGGAGGAAGCGCGUCACGAAGAGCUUUCUGGUGAUGCAGGCGUCCGAGCCUCCGAGAUGGCCCAGAGAACGCACAUCACGAGCACCCGCUCGUUUGAAGGCGCUCAGAUCUCCUGCGCUGCGGACGGCAUCGACAUCGAGAACCCCGCGAUGGGACCGCAACGCGACGUACAGGAUGCUGGCGGCGCGUUCGCUCAGUCAUCGGCGGCCCCCGUCUGA